CCCCCGUGUCUCUUCGCCCACUAUGCGGGGGCUCAACGGUACCGACGCCGUCCGCAUGUAACGGGUCUGUUCAUGGAGGGCUGAAGGAAGGAGAGGCUGUGAGGCGGCGGAGAGUCGGGACGUCGGCGGUGCUGGAGGAGACGAGCGUUAGCCACCUAGCUCUCGUGACAGCUCCAGAAACAGUGAUAACGGAACCGGGACUUUUCUCCGUCACAACAACACACUGGCCCGGUCAGCAUGGCUACGAGCGGCAACAACCUCCCGUCCGGGAUGGGAGAGAUCAUCCAGCUAAACGUCGGGGGGACAAGGUUCAGCACCUCCAGGCAGACUCUGAUGUGGAUCCCAGACUCUUUCUUCUCAAGCUUGCUGAGUGGAAGGAUAUCCACUCUUCGGGAUGAAACUGGAGCUAUAUUUAUUGACAGAGACCCCACAGCUUUUGCACCAAUUUUGAAUUUCCUCCGAACCAAAGAAUUGGAUCUGCGGGGCGUCAACAUCAGCGUCCUGCGACAUGAAGCCGAGUUUUACGGAAUAACACCUCUAGUGCGUCGCCUGCUGCUGUGUGAGGAACUGGACCGCUCAUCGUGUGGUAGCGUUCUCUUCCAUGGUUACCUGCCGCCACCAGCCAUCCCUGCCCGUAAAUCAAGCCCUUCCUUAGCAGCCUCUGGCCCCUCCUCUGAUGAGCGACCGGGUCCAAUUGGAGCAGAGGGCUUCACCCGUGUGGGUCCCCCUCCUCACCCUUCUCUCACUGGCUCACCUGGAACAGACAACAACCACAAACUAGGUCCUGUGGUUGACCCCAGGAAGGUGCUGAUUAUAGCGGGACACCACAACUGGAUUGUAGCAGCUUACGCACACUUUGUCAUCUGCUACAGGAUAAAGGAAUCUUCUGGAUGGCAGCAGGUGUUUACGUCCCCCUACCUUGACUGGACCAUUGAACGCAUUGCACUUAAUGCCAAGGUGGUGGGUGGCCCGCAUGGAGACAAGGACAAGAUGGUGGCCGCCUCCUCUGAGAGCAGCAUCAUCCUCUGGAGCAUCCAAGAUGGAGGCAGUGGAAAUGAGAUAGGUAUAUUCAGUCUCGGUGUACCUGUCGAUGAUCUCUUCUUCAUUGGGAGCCAGCUAGUGGCUACAAGCCAUACAGGAAAGGUCGGGGUGUGGAAUGCCGUCACACAGCACUGGCAGGUUCAAGAUGUGGUUCCGAUUACCAGUUGUGACACGGCAGGAUCCUUCCUGCUACUGGGCUGCAACAAUGGGUCCAUCUACUACAUAGACAUGCAGAAGUUUCCACUGAGGAUGAAGGAUAAUGAUCUUCUAGUGACAGAGCUUUAUCAUGACCCUUCAAAUGAUGCCAUCACUGCGCUGUCUGUCUACCUCACACCUAAAACCAGUGUGAGUGGGAACUGGAUAGAGAUAGCCUAUGGGACUAGCAGCGGUGCAGUGAGAGUGAUCGUGCAACACCCGGAAACAGUGGGAUCGGGCCCCCAGCUCUUUCAGACAUUCACUGUGCACAGGAGCCCGGUGACAAAGAUUAUGUUGUCUGAGAAACAUCUGGUAUCAGUGUGUGCGGACAACAACCAUGUUCGAACGUGGACGGUGACCCGGUUCAGAGGGAUGAUCUCCACCCAGCCAGGCUCCACCCCUCUGGCUUCCUUCAAAAUACUGUCCCUGGAGGAGACGGAGAGCCAUGGGAGCUAUUGCUCUGGGAAUGAUAUUGGUCCAUUUGGAGAGAGAGACGAUCAGCAGGUUUUCAUACAGAAGGUGAUCCCCAUCACCAACAAACUGUUUGUAAGGCUCUCAUCUACUGGAAAGAGGAUCUGUGAAGUGCAGUCAGUGGAUGUGACCACCAUCUCUUGCUUUAUGGUGCGGGAGUGUGAGGGUUCGAGCCGGAUGGGGUCGCGACCUCGGCGCUAUCUGUUCACUGGUCAUGGCAACGGCAGCAUCCAAAUGUGGGACCUGACCACCGCCAUGGACAAUGCUAAUAAAGGAGAGGAGAGGAAAAGAGAUGAUGCAGGUGGGCCUACAGAGGAGGAGCUACUGCAGCUGUUGGACCAGUGCGAUCUGAGCACCUCUCGCUGUGCUACACCAAAUAUUAGCCCCGCCCCCUCAGUGCUGCACCACACACGCCUCAGAGAGUCCUGCUCGAGUCUUCAGCUCCAGGCUCAGGAGCCCAUUUCUGAGAGCCAGCCUACUUACGGAGCUGUGCGACCCUACAGAGAGAGCCCCCUGCUGGCCCGUGCUCGGCGAACCGAGUCCUUCCACAGUUACAGAGACUUCCAGAACUUCAGCCUGAGUCGAGGUAUCCUGGACAGCACAGGUCAGCAGAGCACACAGGGCCCCGGCCACACGCUUGAUAUCCGUCGGUCGCUUUGUGACUUCGGGCCUGAUGACAGCGAGAGGAGAGCCUCGGCUAUGGAGUUCUGGGCUUGCCGAACAGCCAGUUCCAGCCCCAACACAAUAAUGGGAGCCAUGACGACCGCCGGUGCGUCCGGGGUGAAGACAGAAGGCGGUCAAGAGUCUCAGCGACAACCUCCUGACAGCCCGAAUCCCGGAGGCGAUGUCAGGCGGAAGGUGCUCCCACAACAAGAGGAGGGAGAGGGAUCAGGGGGGGAGGGAGGGAAGGUGGAGGGAGGUGUGAAGAAGAGGGGAGUACUAGAAGGAGGCUUUCUGGGGAGAAAGAGGGCUCCCCCAGUCCCCCACCUCACCUCCCUCCCCUCUGGAUCUGAAGGGGGUGGCAGCGACUCAUCUUCCAACGCCUCACCCUCCCCAACCAAACUGUCUUCAUGCACCUCACCACGACACAGGAAGCUGGCCCCCGAGACGUCCAAUCAGGACAGCAGCCUGUGACGGUGCUCACCAGCCUUUUUCUUUUUUUACUCCCAAUCAGAAUAAUCACCUUGUAGACGAGUCUCAUAGGAACAUGUGGGAGAUGAGUUCUUGGUAUCACAGCAGAGGAGGAAUGUGGCUUUUUGACAUGUGGUUCAUGAUGAAGGACCUUGUUGUUUUGGACAGGUGUCCUUUGGUCUCUACGCUGAAAAACUUUUAUUUCAACCAUACA